AACUACAACCUGGGACGCAUAUUUUGGACACAAGAUGGCGUUGAAUACGAUAUGUCAUCUUUUUCUGCUUGUGAUCACCGUCCAAUACGGGGCCGCAUCUAACUUAUUAAGUAGAACAAUCCGUCAAGCUCCAGGGAGCAUCUUCACUGUGGGGAGCGGCGAGCCGUGUCUGGGAUCGGACAGGAGCACCGGCGGAGUCUGUCUGUCCAGGAACCAGUGUAACACCCAGGGUGGGAAGGCUAUCGGCUUUUGCGGAGUCUUCGCUACUUGCUGCUCUUUGAACGCAUGCGACGUGAGAACCAACACGAAGGUCGCUGUCUUCAUCAACCCGCCGCUCAACAAGGAGUCGUCAGGCCUCGAGUGCUCCUACAACGUGGAGAUUAACAACAACAACGUCUGCCAGAUGCGGAUCGACUUCGAAACCUUCAACCUGGCACCGCCCACCACUAUCGAACCUGUUGAAAACGUGACCCAACGCCCUGGUUAUACGUGCAGAAAUGACAUCUUCCAAGUCACUAACCUGCAAGCCAACUCUGACUUCUUACCAGCGCUGUGCGGUGACAACAAUGGACAGCAUUUAUACGUACGUGUGAAUGCAUCCACAAACAGCCGGUCCAUCCGUAUCAACUUCAAGAUAGCUGAUCGCAACACCCAGCCCAACCUGCCACAAGCCACAUGGAAGAUCAAGGUCACUCAGUUGGAGUGCUUCAACACAUUAGGAAAAUACCGAGACGGACUCUUUGAAGCUAUUACCUCGUCAUUGCCAGCGACUCCCCUUACAUCGUCUGCUGACAGAGAUGAAUAUUUAAUUGCUCCACCUGGCUGCCUGCAGUACUACCCUGACCGGUCAGGUGCAUUCGAGUCCUUCAAUUACAACCGAGGAAGUGGACCCUACAUCGCCAACUUGGCUUAUGCUGCUUGCUUCAAAAGAACGCCUGAUGUUUGUGGUGUCAAAUUAACAGCAGCCAGCUUUGAGAUGGCGUACCGUUCGGAAGACAAUCUCUACCUGGACACAGACUGUCAGAUCAAUCCAGUCACGCAGGGUACACCGCAGUCGGAAGACUACCUCUUCAUCCCAGAGUCCGAAACAGCCGACGGACUCCGAGGCUCCAAGUUCUGUGGAAGCAGCGCUUCGAACCAGAUUAUAGCUUCAACACCGCCUGGACCUCUAUACGUACACUUCCACAGCGACAACUUAGUAACGGACGAUGUCAAUGAAUUUGGUUAUAGAUUUAGUUACAAUGUACUGAAUAAUUGUUAUUUGAGAAAAUCUGUCAAUGUUUAAACUUUUUUUUUUAAUUCGGUCAUGCUGGUGGUAAAGGUAACGUAUCUUUACAGUUGAUUACGUGUAACUCGCCUCUUUAGACGCUAAGUGUAACAUUACUUCGUUAAAUAUGAGUCUCAAAUAGUAUUUAACAUUAGAAAAAGCUAAUUUAUUUAAUGCCUUAGCCGGAGGUAAAGUUUUUUUUUUGUUUUGUACAUUUUUUUUAAAUUCUAUUUAUUGUUAAUUUUAAUUCCAUAGACUAAAUGUAAAGGUCGCCAGAUGUAAAGGUGUUUUUUUUUUGUUAUAUUUUUUUAAUUUUUUUUACUGUUUAUAAAAUGUAUUAAUAAAUUCUUUAUUAAUGCUUUUGUCAGAAGUAAAUGGAGAUUUUUUUAUUUUCUUUCUUGUUCGUUUGUAAAAUUUCAUUUAAUUUUCCUUUUAGCACUGUUAAAAUUAUUUAACACAAAAUAAACAUAUUAGACUCUAAAUUUGUGAAUUUAACACAGUUUAGUUUAAUUUAACAAACCGUUAGUAUUUACGUCUGGCCGAUGCACUAUUUAUAGGAGUUUUUUUAUUGACUGAACAAAAUAAAUAUGGGCGAAUUAUCUAUGAUAAUGGCAACACCCAUAUUUUGUGA